AUGGAUGAUACCGGGGAGGAAGAGGGUUCAACAAGUUUGUUUAGCUUUCAUCAUUCAGAAUUGUGUUUCUUUUCUGUUUUAUUCUUUCAGCAUAAAGAUGCCUAUCAAGUGAUACUGGAUGGUGUAAAAGGUGGUACCAAGGAAAAAAGAUUAGCAGCUCAGUUUAUUCCAAAAUUCUUUAAGCAUUUUCCAGAAUUGGCUGAUUCUGCUAUCAAUGCACAGUUAGACCUCUGUGAGGAUGAAGAUGUAUCAAUUCGACGGCAAGCAAUUAAAGAGCUUCCUCAGUUUGCCACUGGAGAAAAUCUUCCCCGAGUGGCAGAUAUUCUAACCCAACUUUUGCAAACAGAUGACUCUGCAGAAUUUAACUUAGUGAACAAUGCCCUAUUAAGUAUAUUUAAGAUGGAUGCAAAAGGUAAGGCCACUCUUUUUCUGAAUUGUUCUUCUUAGUCUGAUGUCUUAAAA